AUGGCAUCAGAGCUGGCAAUGAGCAACUCCGACCUGCCCACCAGUCCCCUGGCCAUGGAAUAUGUUAAUGACUUCGAUCUGAUGAAGUUUGAAGUGAAAAAGGAGCCGGUGGAGCCCGAUCGCAGCAUCAGCCAGUGCAGCCGCCUGGUCGCCGGGGGAUCCCUGUCUUCCACCCCGAUGAGCACGCCUUGCAGCUCGGUUCCGCCCUCUCCAAGUUUCUCCGCGCCCAGCCCGGGCUCCGGGAGCGAGCAGAAGACGCACCUGGAGGACUUCUACUGGAUGAGCGGCUACCAACAGCAGCUCAACCCCGAGGCUCUGGGCUUCAGCCCGGAGGACGCCGUCGAGGCGCUCAUCAGCAGCACGCACCAGCUCCAGUCCUUCGAUGGCUACAGCAGGGGGCAGCAGUUUGGAGCGGGGGCCGGCCCGGGGGGCGCCAUGGCCGGGGAGGAGAUGGGCUCAGCGGCCGCUGUGGUGUCCGCAGUUAUAGCGGCUGCAGCGGCUCAGAACGGGACUCCUCAUCAUCACCACCACCAUCACCACCACCACCCCAGCGCGCACCACCCUGUGUCCGGGACGCAGCCCGGGGCAGCAGCGGGCAGCCACGCGCACAGCCUGCGCCUGGAUGACCGCUUCUCGGACGAGCAGCUCGUAACCAUGUCGGUGCGGGAGUUGAACCGGCAGCUGCGCGGCGUGAGCAAAGAGGAGGUGAUCCGACUGAAACAGAAGAGGAGGACGCUAAAGAACAGGGGCUACGCACAGUCCUGCCGCUUCAAGCGCGUCCAGCAGCGGCACGUGCUGGAGGGGGAGAAGACGCAGCUGCAGCAGCAGGUGGACCACCUCAAAGCCGAGAUCUCACGGCUGGCGCGGGAGCGGGACGUCUACAAGGAGAAGUACGAGAAGCUCAUCAGCACCGGCUUCAGAGACAGCGGCUCUGGCGGCGACAACAACCCGUCCUCCCCGGAGUUUUUCAUGUGA